CCGGUGCUUUGACUUGACAGGACCAGCGACGGACCAGCUGGAGAAACAAAUCCGUCUGUCACGGAAUCUAAACGGAAAACGGAUUAAAAGACGAAGUCGCCACUGAUUUACCCCAUGAAUAUACACUUUAAAGCAGCCGCUCAACGUCGGUGCUAAACAUUUUGUAAGGACCCCCCCUCACGCGUCGUCUCUGACGUUACGCCUACGUUGUAAACAAUAAUAACAAUGGCAUCUGGGUCGCCGUCGUCUUCUCCGGACACUGCGACUGGCUCAGGUACAGACCCAGCCCGGCCCGACACAGGGGAGCCCCUUGGUGGAGCAGGUUCAGACUCGGACUCAGACCUGGGUCUUGGUAAAUUUGACUGCAGCGCUAUGGAGAUGGGUGACCGACUGGAGGGAGAGGAGCUUGAGCUGGAGUUUGUGUCUGCAGCUGACCGGGUUCGAGAUCUGGUUCAGACCGCCAGCAGGGAUCAGCUGCUCUACCUGUACGCACGGUAUAAACAGGCUAAGGUGGGUAAGUGCAAUACACAGAAACCUGGCUUCUUUGACUUUGAAGGACAAAGAAAAUGGCAAGCCUGGAAGCAGCUUGGAGACAUGGACACAGAGCAGGCAAUGCAGGAGUACAUUUCCUGUGUGAAUGUGUUAGACCCUGAAGGCUGCACAAAGGAAAGACGAGGAGCAGAAAGAAGAACAGGCUUUGGAGGAGCAGCAGUCAGCUCUCUGUACCAGGAAGAGAUGAUCAGGGAAGAAGAUAAGAACAUCUUUGACUACUGCAGAGAAAAUAACAUCGACCACAUCAGCGAGGCCAUCAGCUCCCAGAAAGUGGAAGUCAACACUACAGACGAAGAGGGCCGGGCUCUCCUGCACUGGGCCUGUGACAGAGGACAUAAAGAGCUGGUGUCGGUAUUACUGCAGCACAAAGCAGACAUCAACAGUCAGGACAAUGAAGGACAGACAGCACUACAUUAUGCAUCGGCGUGCGAGUUUGCAGAAAUUGUGGAGCUCCUGCUGAACGCUGGAGCCGACCCGUCCAUCAAAGACAUGGAGGGCUCUCUUCCUGAGGAGGUCACUGAAUCCAGUGCCAUCUCCUCUCUCUUGCGUCAGUACAACGCUCCAAAAGGCUAGACCACCCACCUGCCACCACCUGCUCCCCACCCCCAUCCAUGUCUCCCUCUGUUCAUCCACAGCAGUUAGUAAACCUGGAUUUCAAAGGUUUUAUUCAACUUUAUUUCCAAAUACAUGAGGUGAGUUUGAUUUUGUUCGGAUAGCUCUUUUGAGGCGCGUGGUGUAAAAUGAGCCCUUUCAUUUGAUAAACCACAUGAAAUGAAGCACACCACAUGUGUUUUUAUUGAUAUAAAUACUCUAUAUUGACUUUAUUGGCCUAGCAAGGUUGAGUGAUAUGGAAAUCAAAGAGAUGUUUCCACUGGUUGAGAUUUGUCUGAGGUAGCUGGACCUGAAAUACCUCGUGUUGCAUUACUUUAUUGCAGAAAAUGUUUCAAAUCUAUCAGCAGGACUGCUUAUCGGCAAUAGUGCAGUAAGUUACCAUAUCAACGGUUACGAGUAUCUGAAUGUGUAAGGAAAUCAAUUCACUGGUGGAACCAAAAACUGACAUUCCCACCCACUUAUUUAAUUUAACAAUGGUUUCUUGUUUGUUUAAAGUCUUGUUGCAAGCACCUUAUUGCAAUUUAAGACUGCAUACUGUAAUAGAAGACUUUAAACAUACCACCCACUCCUGACAACCAGCCAGGCCUUCAGGUCUGGGUCAGCCCUCUCCGACCGUUUGUUCAUGAAUCAGUUGUGUUAAGGAAUGCUUUAAUCAUCUGUUCUUAUCACAUUAAAGUCUUCAACAAAUCCA